AUGAGGAUUUGGGCGAAGGACGCCGACGGAGGAGGUGAGGGAGGGGGUGAUGGAGAGGGAGCGAAGCGACCAGUGAAGGAGGUAGGUGAGUGGUUGAGUGAGUGGUUGGGUGAGUGGGUGGGAGCGUAUCCUCAGGACGUCGAGGCGGACGACGGCGAUGUGCAGCAGGUACAGGAGCGACAGCGACCAGAGGGUGAGCAGUGUUAG